AUGCCGAGGGAGAGGAGGCUGGACAGGGCUGCCCUGUGUGUGUCUGUGUGUACAAACACACAAGGGUUGUUUCUCUGGCUCUGUUUCUGCAGAACUUGCUUCAAGUUGUCAGCAGCAGGACUAUUUUUGUCAACACAGUCGAAACGUUAAGUGACAUGUUGCUCCUCCUGCCAAACACGGCUACAAAGCCCCGUGCUGCCGGCUUGACAUUUAAACACUUAUUUUUGUAUUGAGUGCCUUGGGAUGCCUGAAUGAGCUGCAGCACGCAAAUAGCAGUGGGACUGCGCGCUGCCUUGGGGGGACCCUGGGGAGCGGAGCUGAUUUAGCAGCAGCUCCUGCCGUGUUGCCGCAGAGACCUCCCGGUAGGGAGGUGCCUCCAUGCCACCGCUGCAGUGACAGGCAGUAGCAUCUCAGGCUCUCGCAGAGGGGCUCUGGCACAGGAGCAUCAUCGUGCUGCCACCAGGCUCGCCGGGUCUCAAAGGCAUGGGAGCCAAGGAUCUGAAGACCCGCUUAGGGAUCCUGCUUCAUAAACCAGAGCUGGGGCACAGGAUUGGGACCUCCAGCAAGCUGCAGAGAGACUCCUCACGAGAGGUACUCGAAUGGAGGGAGUCCUUCGACCAGCUCCUGAAGAGUAAAAGUGGGGUGACCGCCUUCCACACCUUCUUGAAGACAGAGUUCAGUGAGGAGAACCUCGACUUCUGGCUGGCAUGCGAGGACUUCAAAAAGACCCGAUCAAAAACCAAGCUGGCCUCCAAGGCCAACAGGAUCUUUGAGGAAUUUGUCCAAAGUGAGGCACCCAGGGAGGUGAAUAUUGACCACGAAACCAGGGAGAUCACUCGCAAGAACCUCUCGGGUGCCACCUCUGCUUGCUUCAAUGAAGCCCAGGCUAAGACCCGCACUUUGAUGGAGAAGGACUCCUACCCCCGGUUCCUGAAGUCCGCCUCCUACCAGGACAUGACCAAGCAGGCCACCAGCCGCGGCAUCAGCAAGCGGUCGCAUACCUGACCCGAGCCCAAAUUUGCCGUGGGGGCAUGAGCUGGGGGACCAGGCAGAGGUUGAAAGACGGUUUUCAAAGGCUGAGGUCCACGUUUCGGGGCUUCAGCUGAAGCCCUGGCUUUUUAACAGGAUCCCCAGCACCUCAAGCGUUUCCCGCUUCCCACCAAGCUGCUGGGAAGAGAGGUCCUCCUCCCUCCCUGGAGGAGCGGAGCUGGUGGGAGCCCAAUGCCUCCCCUUGCAGCAUGGCCGGAGACCUGCACCACCACAGGGACACAAAGAAAUCGGACUUGUGUUGCAAGGCCGGGAAAAAGAGACCAGAUUCCCACGAGCAUCUGUAACUAUGGAGCUCCCACCUGCUCUCAGGACCCUGCCUCUGACCUGCAGCAUCAGCCGCCAGCUGCAGAGCCAGCACAGGAGCCUGCAAUUCCCGCAGUGCCUGGGGCAACCACCCCAGACCUGCCCACAGGGCUUCUCCUACGAGGGAAUGGCCAGAAUGAAAGUCCAAAGGCUAUACGGCGUUUUCAGCUGGAGUGACCCUACAUCCUGAUCCUGAGAUCCUUCUUCUGCCAUUUCCUACACAUGCUCUGCAUCAACGCUUUACACCUUCCUCCAGUACAGCGUUUCCCUAGCAGUGAUGUUUUUAUCCCUUGCUUAAGCUACAUGACCUUUAGAUUGCACAUAUUCUUAGGUCACACGCAUAAUUUUUUAUUAUUAUUAUUUAUUUUAUCAUUAUUACUAUAUAUAUAUUUAUUCCAAGAGCACUGCUGAAAGCAUACACCUUGCUCCAAGGAGCUUGUAAAUUAAAUUAUUUUAGAUAUUGUAGCACUUAGCAUGCCUCCCACCUUUUCUGUAUGACAAGAGAGGUGACCAGCCAGAUCUGUAACAUGCCCGUGGAGCAAGGUACGCGAACAGCAGCAGCGAGAGCUGCAUUCUGGCAGGACUGCAAGAGGGAUCUGAGGUGGCAGGUUUCCCUGGAGCUUGGAGGACCACUGAUGGCAGUAAAAGGAUGCUUUGCAGUCCGUCUUGUUUCCUUUCUCCCCUUAAAACGCGGGUGGCAUCUCGGCACGUAGACUAGCAGCCUGUCCUAGACAGAGAGUAGUGAUGUAAAACAGGCACUUUGCUGAGUGAACCUAUUGAAAACUUAUUUUUUACACAUGGGAGAAGGGCUUUUCCCUGGUUUAAAAUUGGGCUUGGUGUUCCCUUGGCUGGUGAAACCACAGUGGCCACAGCAUUUUACCAGAAAUCCAGGGAGCCAAGUAAAACAGCAACGCGUGCAGUGAAUUCAGCAUCUCGGGGUGCGGCAGGACAUGUCAUCAGCUCAGAACUGUGGGGUGAGCUCUUCAGAAAGCCCCUCUGAGCAGGGAUUUCUGGGUCCCACAGCCACCCUGGAAAGCUGUGGGUGCCAUCUGGCAGCAACAGUGCCAGCAGCCAUGUGGGUGGGUGAUGGGGAGCCCACCAGUGUCCUGUGCUCUGUCAUGGGGAACAUGCCGUCAGCAUAGUUUCCUACUGAGACAGCCUGGGCUGCCACAUGUGCCUCCAUUUACCCCUAAAUAUCAAAUCUGGAGGUCCUCAUCCUGCUGAUACUCACUCCUUGCCAAGGGAACCAUCUUGUGCCUCCCCGCACCCCACGCCGCCCCAAGCAUUAGCCCGAGCACAGGAUCGCUCUGGCUUUUUGCAGCUGUUUGAGCAGAGCGAGGGACCCAGGACCGGUUUGGGGACGUUACUUUGAGUCCUCUUCCACCUUCCCCACCCCGGUUCUAACUGCUGAGCCUCGGUGGGCCCCGGCUGUGUUUACAGGGAGAUUUUAACUGCUUCCUUAUUUAUUAUUUAUUUUACAACUGGAACCACCUUCGUUGUGUUACUGAAGUGAAUGACACACAAUGGUCUGUUUUCAUUACUAGCAUAAUAUUGUCAUUAUAAAAUAAAUGUAAAGAGGAAAAUACUA